CAGGUCUGAAACACAGGAAAGCCACCGAAUUUGAAAGCGAAAACAUUAGCUUACCUUAGCCAAAGCUAACCGGGUAAAUAAUUUACCCGCUGACUCUGACAAAUCCGUCUGUUUAACACGAAACAUGAGGAAAGUGGAUGUUUUUAUAUAUAUUUUAAUUCUAGUAUGCGCUGGGUGGCGAAGUGUAGAAGGAAAUAGGGAUUAUUCAUACGCAGACUGUACUUAUGUGAGAGUGGACAGUGCCCACUCAUAUUCUGGCAGUAGAUGCUUUUGUUACAGCCCUGGUACGGUCAUCAGAUGGAAAGACUGUUGGUCCACCUUCAAGGUAAACGUGACUAGCAACGAGAACGUCUUCAUCGUGUUUCCCAUGGAGACCAGAAAUUGUCACCAUCCGGAUGAUUUCCUUACAGUUAUUAAUUGCUUUGUUGAACACUAUUGGCCAUCCACGAUCCAAAGAGAGAAAGCUUUGGACAUUCCUUUGGUUGAUGAAGAUGUCUGUUUCAUGACCAAAUCACCUAGAAGCAACACUGAGUACACACUGCAUGUCUCAAACAAAAGGUUAAAUAGAAUGCGCUUGCUGCUUUUUAUCCUUGGACUCGUGCUGUUUUUAGGAGCAGGAUCCAUAUGCAGGAGCUCUCUGUUUUUCUACACCACCGGAGUUUCAUUGGGAGUCAUCGGCAUAUUUGUCUUUCUCAUCCUUCUCUUCAGAAACUUCGUACCAAAGCGAGGGCUGUUCCUGGUGUUGUUGGGUGCCGGGUCGAGUCUUUCCUACAUGGGGAUCCAGCGGGUGUUAAAUGAUUGGGAUGAAAUCGUAACCGAACAUUGGAUGGAAUUGCUGGGAUAUGUGCUGAUAUCAGGCCUGGUCAGCUUUGCUGUGUGCUACAAACACGGACCCAUCACCAACAAACACACCUUAGGCUUCAUGACCUUGUGUAUGCAAGCAGUAGGCAUUGUGUUGCUUUAUCACGGGAUCACUUACCCCACAGCGUUCUACAUACUGCUUACUUUACUGUUGUGCAGGAAGAUUUUGCACUUGGUCUGGAGCCUCCUGGUGGGAAUGUGCAGGCUCUUCUGCUAUUUACCGGGCUUGUUUGGGAGGAAGAAGCGACCCAGAAACAGACUGCUGACUGAGGAAGAGUACAGAGAGCAGGGGGAGAGACACACUAAAGCCUGUCUGGAUGAACUGAGAGAGCACUGUAACAAACCCGGCUUUCCUGCAUGGGACACUGUGCUGAGGCUCAGAUCACCACAAAAGUUCGCGGAGUUUCAGCGCAGCGGCUGCCAUGUCACUCCAGAGGAGCUUCAGAGUCACGAGAGUCAUUAUGGGCUUGGAGGGGCGUAUCAUGAGGGCAUGCUGUUUAACAGCAGCUCCAGCGACGGCCAGCCACAGAAUGCAGAGGAGGAGAACAGCCAUGAAGAGCUGCAUCAAAACUAUACUCCGACCCCAAACAACCUCCCCGGACCCUCUGAAUACAGCCCGUCUGUCUGCCCGUAUCCCCCUGUAAACUACAGCCCUCAGCCAGAGCCCAUGGACGCUGAAGACCAGGACUACUUCUGAAUGAUUCUUUUUAUCUUUGAUUUUUUUAAAGACUCUUUUAAUCCCUAAUGUCAUUAGGAAAGCAUGACUUUAAGAAACUUGAGUCCGCGAGGAAUGUAAAAAUGAUAUUUCUUGCAUUUGUGUAUUUAAAAAUGUGGGCUUUUAUUGUAUUAGCAGUGGACUUGAAUUUCUAUUCCCAGUCCUGGUUUUGGAGCCCCCGGCACUGCACAUUCUCAAUGUUUUCCUUUGUUGACAGCACUAAAUGAAUUCUAUCUGACAUGUUAGAUUAGUAAAACACUUUUGUAAUGUGUUAUGUUCGGGUAUUCCAGAAUCAUGAUUUGGAAACACUGUCAUACAAAGUUAUUACCACUGCAUUGUACUUAUAUGUUAAUUUAAAAACGUUGCUUAUCUCAGGUAUAUAAGACCAUCUGGACAACCUAGUAGUUACUAAUACGUCUUUUCAAAACCGUUAAAAAAUGACUCAUGAGCUACAGUGGCAUUUUGUUAUAUAAGGAAACACUGCCUUCUAGUGUCAGGUGAAGUUAUAGUUCACCUAAAAAUAAACAUUGCAUCAUUUUCUCACUAUCAUGUUCCAAACCUGUAUAAACUUAGGAAAGAUACUGUCAAGACAUAAAAUGAUAUAAAAGCACUAUGUAUAAGAAAAGUCCGUAUGAGCUUAGUGCUGUAAGUUUUCUGAAUACAUAAGCUAUUUACAUCUGUGCUUCUACAUUUUUUGCUUGACAGCACAUCAUAAAUUCUUCUAAAGCGAAACGUUUGUAUUCUACAGUCACAGGUUUGGAAAUAAUGUUACAAUACAUUUAAAUUUGAGUGAGCUGUUCUGUUCACAGACAUCCAAACCUGCAUUGGACCAAGAGUGAGUGUUCAUGUUGUAUGAAAAAUUUGAUGUUUUUAUAAACAGUUAAUUUGACAUCAAGUUUUUACAUCUUUUUAUAUAGUUAUUUUAAUUAAAGACAAAUGCCUCUUAGAAGUCUCAGUAAGAAACUUGUGUUGCUGUGUCACAUGUAAAACAUUUUUGAAGGUCAUUCA